AGUGAACUGCCGUCCUGUGACUUGCGGGAGUUAUCUUCACUUAGGUUAGCUUCUGGCUGGUUUCUUUUGUGCCAUGUCUGAUAAGAAAAAGCCAGACCAAGGCCCUAGUGGCUCAGAUGAUAAAAGUGAUGGAAAUAGAGGCCGUUUACUAGAGCAGUACUCCCUGGAAGAAAUCCUGACGUCUUUGGCGUGGCUGAUCUUCCUUGCUGCCGCAGUAGGUUUUCUGGCGUUCCAGUUCAUCGUAAAUGACAUUUAUGAGGAGGAGGAGGAGUAUGAGAGGGAUGUGGCCUGGAUAUCCAAGCAAAGCAGGCUUAUGUCCCCUACUGACGACGAGGAGGAUGAGGACACUGAGGAUGAAGACAUCACGGAUGAUGACAUGGAGGAUGAGGACGAGGAAGAAUUGGAGAACCAGAUGGAGGAGGCAGAGGAAUACAGGGCAGAAGAUGAGACGCGCAUGGAAGAGGGUGCCAGAGCUAUCUACCUCAUCGACUUAGCAACCUUUACCG